CGGAAGUCCUCGGGUUCCCGGGUGUGCAUCCGUAUCUCUGUGUGUCUGUCUGGCGGCGGUGCGCGGCCGCAGUCAAGCGACUGGGGGGGGGGGGGCCGCAUUUGGGGGGACCACUGUCGCCACCCCACCGAGUCACAUCUAGAGGAAAGGAGGCCCGGCCCUUCGCCGGGCGGAGAAGAUGUUACCCCUGUCCAUCAAGGAUGAUGAAUACAAACCACCCAAGUUUAAUCUGUUCGGCAAGAUCUCGGGCUGGUUUAGGUCCAUACUGUCGGACAAGACGUCCCGGAACCUGUUUUUCUUCCUGUGCCUGAAUCUCUCUUUCGCUUUUGUGGAACUACUCUACGGCAUCUGGAGCAACUGGUAUAGGGGAAAGAUUUCAUAUCACUCUGCUUUAAGAGAACACGAUGUUCUUCCAUCUCAGAAGAGGAAGUUUUUCAGCCUAGGCUUGAUCUCCGACUCUUUCCACAUGUUUUUUGAUAGUACUGCCAUUUUGGCUGGAUUGGCAGCUUCUGUUAUUUCAAAAUGGAGAGAUAAUGAUGCUUUCUCUUAUGGGUAUGUUAGAGCGGAAGUUCUGGCCGGCUUUGUCAAUGGCCUCUUCUUGAUCUUCACUGCUUUUUUUAUUUUCUCAGAAGGAGUUGAGAGAGCAUUGGCCCCUCCAGAUGUGCACCACGAGCGACUGCUGCUUGUCUCCAUUCUUGGAUUUGUGGUAAACCUAGUAGGAAUAUUUGUUUUCAAGCAUGGAGGUCACGGACAUUCACAUGGCUCUGGCCAUGGACACAGUCAUUCCCUCUUUAAUGGUGCUCUAGAUCAGACCCAUGGCCACGGAGAUCACUGCCAUAGCCAUGAAGUGAAGCACAGUGCUGCACACAGUCAUGACCAUUCUCACGGACACGGACACUUCCAUUCUCAUGAUGGUCCCUCCUUAAAAGACACAGCAGGACCCAGCAGACAGAUUUUACAAGGUGUAUUUCUACACAUUCUAGCAGACACACUUGGAAGUGUUGGUGUGAUUGCCUCUGCCGUCAUGAUGCAGAAUUUUGGGUUGAUGAUAGCAGAUCCUAUCUGCUCCAUCCUUAUAGCCAUUCUUAUAGUUGUGAGUGUUAUUCCUCUUUUAAGAGAGUCUAUCGGAAUACUGAUGCAGAGAACACCUCCUCUGUUGGAAGGUGCCCUUCCCCAGUGCUACCAGAGGGUGCAGCAGCUGCAGGGCGUUUACAGUCUCCAGGAGCAGCACUUCUGGACCUUAUGUUCUGAUGUUUACGUCGGAACCUUGAAACUAGUAGUAGCACCGGAUGCUGAUGCCAGGUGGAUUGUGAGCCAAACACAUAAUAUUUUUACUCAGGCUGGAGUAAGGCAGCUUUAUGUACAGAUUGACUUUGCUGUGAUAUAGAUGAAAAGAAGUUGUUUGGGGACCAAACGUUUCCAGUACUGCACAAUCCAAAGCAUCGUACCCAGCUCUCUAAAGUAGAGAUGUCAUCACUACAACUCUGCAGCACCAAGCAGAGAAGGUCGAGUCAGCGUGUGCUCUAGAGACUCACAGCUGAGACAGAGGAUCGUUCUGACCAUGUCUUGUGUGCUCUUCCCUCCGAGCCAUUCUGACUUCGAAGGUUUCUGGGUUUGUUCCAGGGUGUUGGGUUGUGGUUUUGUUUUUUUCUGGGGGUUCUUGCAGAUCAGCCUCACCCCAUCCUACCAUCCUGCCCAGCCAGUGAGAAAUUCAGACUGUGGGCCUCCAGUCUUCUGGAAUGUCCUCACCAAAGCUGCUGGAAACCCAACCCACAAAGCCAGUGUUGCUUUUAAACAGGGAAAUCUGUUUUACAUGUGGACCUUCUUCAGUAUAAUCAUAUGUUUGUAAAAUUGUUUGUAUCUCACAAACUUAUGAACCAAACCACAUUGGGUUUUCAAAGUGCCUUUGUAUCAGAAAAUGUAUUGGCCAGCAUAGAAAUGUACCAUUAAGGGUCAUAUGUAUAGUUUUUUUUAAUGAAUAUUCUGUAAUCUCUACAAAAGAAGACUUACUAGAAACAUAUACAGAUUGUCUUUCUGUGUACUUCCAGCAUAGAUUUAAAUAUAUUAAAUUUCUUAUUUUAUCUCAUCAAAAGGACAUUAUUUAUUUUGCUUUCUAAAAAAUUCAAUAAUCACAUUAAAUUACUUUGUAAACUAUGCUUUCAAAACUGUAAAUAUACCUAUCAGGAAAAAGCGGUUUAGCGCUAAAACAUCUGCUCUAUAACAGAUUUCUAUAAAAACUAUCUGUGAUAGAUUUUCCAGGAGCUCUCCAUGCCAUUCUUAUAAAUUCUAUAAAUGAAUAGAAAAGGCACCGUCGACCUGGCAGAAAUAACCUUGACCGUGUCAUUGUACAGCUUCAUACAUUUUCAGGUGCCAAGUAAUAGUUUGUUUUCCUGGUCACAUUUGCACAAAUACAAAUUACUUCUGGGAAUCCUAGAAGAGCAUUUGAUUGAAUCUGAACCAUGAAAGAUAAGGAGCAAAUGUGGCACUGUAGAACUCUUUCUGAAGCAGGUGUCUUCAAAUAGUUAUUCUCUAGGCUCUUGGGUAUAUGAGAAAUAAAACUGCGAUUUGAGGGGACACUCAGGUAUUCUUGUUGUUUCCUGAGGAGAUGCUAUUUGAGUGAACAUUUCUGUAUUGUUCUUUAUUUUAUCACAAGUAUUCCUUUUAGCCCAAGCAAAUUGAUACUGUUGACAAAAAUUUUAAAACCUUGCAGGGUAAAAAUUAUUAAGAGUAUAGAUCAGUGGCAGGCAAUUUUUCAGUAAGGUGGCAGAAAUUAUGGUUGAUUUUGUCUAAGUUUUCAAGUACCUUUUCCCCUACUUCUGACCUACAAUUAAUGAGCUGUUCUCUUAGGAAAACUUUGCCACUUCCUUUAUACUUUCCUCAACUAUGGCAGCAGGCCAUGGACUGUCAUAGUCUUGUUUUUAUAAACAAAAUGGUAAUUUCAAAAACAUGUUUAUUUCUGCCAGGCAGUUGUAAAGCUUAAGAAUUCCUGUAGCAGAGUGUUUGAAACAAAUACUGAGGUCGUUCAGGAGGCGAAGUACAAACAGAGAUGUCCGCAUACUGGAACUGCAUUGUCCUUUCGGUUCUGAGUGGUCAUUUGGAUGUUUGAGCCAUUACCAAGUCCGAGGAACCUUGGCUUAUCCUGCGGGUGGCAUAUUACAGAAAAUGGCAGGUCUAGAUGAAGGCAUUGAUUCUGGAUGCAUGCCUUUACAGACUGGUUUCGUGUAGGUCCACUGACGUGUCACAUGUGGAGAUGAUUGCACUGGUUUAUGAAAUUUACCAGUGUUUGUCGGAGAUCCAGAUCUGCUUUCCACUGAACCCUCAGUUCCAAGUGAAGUUUUUGUCAGAAUUUGUCACUUUAAUUGUACCCUCAUUGUACAAAUCUAUGGAUAUUGUUUAUUCCUCUGAUAAGGUACAGAAUAUGUUUAAUGUGAAACUAAUUUUGCACUUUGUUCUAAGAGCUUGCGAGCUCAGAACUUAGCAGGUUGGCACUGACAUUUUCACUUAAUUAAAUGUCAGCAUACCUGUGUGUACAGGAAAAAAAAAAGCAUGAGUAGAAAUUUUUUUCUUACAGAAAAAUCAGUGUUGUUGGCACAGAUGUAUUACCAGCAUAGGUAAUUUCACUAAGAAAUACUGCCUGAUUAUGGGUAUAAAGUAAAUUUAGAAUCCUAACACUGGGCUAAUAUUCUUAAUAAAACAAACACAAUUUGAGAGUAAAUUUG